AUGGAUCCUGAAAAAGCAAAAGCGGUUGACAAUGCAGCCGAUGAAGACGUAGAACAACAAACGAUUCAUAAUGAUGGUCAACAACCGAAGCCUGAUGAAAUACGACCUGCCGUUGUUCGAGCUGAUUCAGAGAAAACAGCUAUACCCACAGUCAACCCACCACCAAGACGUAAAUUCCUUGCACGCAUGAUAUUAGGUGAUCGACCUGCUCCCGAUCGGCAGUUCUCCAAGAAUAAAAAGCUCAUGAUCUUGGCUACGGUAGCCAUUGCAGGCACCAUAUCACCCGUUGCCACCACAAUCUAUUAUCCCGCCAUUGUCGAAAUGCAGUACGAUCUCAACACUACCGAUACCGCCAUGAAUGCCUCACUUUCGGUCUUCACAUUUGCCACCGCCCUCUUUCCUUUAAUGUGGGCAAGUUUUGGUGACAAGUUUGGUCGUCGUCCUGUAUACUUGGUAUCCUUUUUAAUUUCGGUCAUUGGCAGCGUAUGCUGCGCCCUUUCGGUGAACGUGGGAAUGCUCAUUGCAUUUCGAGCUGUCAGCGCUAUUGGAUCUUCAUCGGUCAUGUCCAUUGGAGCUGGCACCAUAUCCGAUUUGUUUGAAGCUGAAGAACGAGGCCGUGCCUUUGGUUAUUACACAAUGGGACCUCUUUUAGGACCUGCAUUGGCACCAAUCAUUGGUGGUUACCUAAGCCAAGGUCUCGGAUGGCGCGCCAACUUUUGGUUCUUAGCGAUUUUUGCAUUCUGCAUUUGGCUUUGCAUUUUCCUCAUUUUACCGGAAACAUUGAUGAAGCAACCAAAGCAAAUCGAUCCUUCAGGAGAAAAACCAAAAUCAAAGCAUCGUCCAGUGAAUCCUAUUGCACCUAUUACCUUGCUUCGAUUUCCUAAUGUUGCGCUCACAGUGACCUUCGUUGGUAUCUUGUUCUUCGUUUGGUAUCUCAUCAAUACCAAUUUCACGAGACUUUAUCAACAGCAAUAUGAAUUAGACACCGGCACUACUGGUUUGUGCUAUCUUCCUUUGGCAGGUGGAGCCAUGAUUGGCUGUGUUCUCGGUGGUCGGGUAUCGGAUCAAAACUACCGACGACGUGUUGCCAAAGCCAAAGAAAAUAACCAGGAGGUGUAUCCCGAGAUGCGUAUGGGUAGUCCAUUGUUUUAUGGUUCUUUGUUCUUGCAAUUAGCCAUUUGUAUCGUUUAUGGAUGGUGUCUGGAAUUCAAUGUUCACUAUGCUGUCGGCAUUGUCAUGCUUUUCUUUAUUGGCUUUUCUCUAAUGAUUCCUAAUGUCACCAUGUCCGCUUACUUGAUCGAUUGUUUCCGGAAAAAGGGUGCAUCGGUCACGGCAUGUAAUAACUUUGUACGAUACAUCAUGGCCGGUAUUGGUUCAUUGGUCGCUUCUGACAUCCAGCGAGCUCUUGGAUCUGGCAUCUUAUAUACCAUUUGUGGUGCCGCCUUGCUGCUAUUUUCCAUCCUUCUUGUAAUCCUUCGUAUGAAGGGUAAAGAAUGGGCCAUCAAACGCAAGGAACAAGGCUACUAA